AUGCCGCAGGAGGUGGUGCAGUUCCUCCGCUCCGAGUCGAACGACUCGUUCGAGCUGCGCAUCAACUAUGACAACAAUAUAGCGCCGGAUAAGGUCGAUUUUUGGUAUUUCCUUCUGACGCUACUCCUCUUUGUCGUGUGGAUCAUCUUCCUGGCCUACUACUUCCAACGAUGUCUCGGGCCGCUUGUCGGGUUUCUCUUUACAAAAUUGCUACGUUUUAUGGGCUACACGGGUACAAUAAAGAUCGGCUCGAUCUCGGCUUCGUUCAUUGCCGGCAAGGUCCUCGUUGCUGGCCUGAUCGUAAAACUCUUCAUGGACCUCAAAAAUAAUUAUUUUGGGUGGUACGACCAGGUCCGCAUCCAACAACUCGUCCAAGCCGAUGAUGAUGCUCAUCUUUGGAUAGAAGCCUCCAAGGCCGCCAUUGAGGACAUCUCCUUUGACAUCCAAACGAGCAAGCGAAAGGGAAUGGGGCUGAAGCGCGACGCUCUUCAGAUACACUUCCUCGGCGAACUGAUGGCUACAAAUGACGGGACGGUUACUGUAAAUCCGGAAGCGGCCAGCUCCAAGGAGACGACGGUUCGAAUGCAUAUUGAUAUCCAGGAGAACUCACCGAAGAAGGGCAACUCUUCCAAGCCGCAAGCCACAACAUCCACUAGCACCAUGGAGUCCAAGAAAGACCCGCGUAUUUUCGAAUGUGAGCUGUGGCAGUGUGACCCGAAGAUGCGCUUCAUCGACCGUUUCCGCUGGGAUCCACCUCUAAUUGAUGAAGUGCUGAAGAAGCUACAGCCCGUCCCCUAUCUUUCACGUCUCGAAGGCGUCCAGCUCCUCCCCGGCCCGUCGCUGAUCAUCCGCAGGAUUAUUUGUGCUAGCUCCACAUCCCCAGGCCACGAACAAUUUCUCGUCAACCUCUCCAGCGGACCUCGGGUUGAAAAGGAACGGAGAGCAGUCAGCUCGAUGAUCGGUAAGAAAUUUUCUUCUUUUUCUCGU